AUGCAGGUGGUCGCCAUCCGCGUCCUCACAGACUCGCAGCUGGUAGCCGAGCAACUCAGCGGGGGAUACGAGGCCCGGGACCCGACCAUGGCGAAGUACCUGGCACAGGUAAAGAACCUGACCACCAAGUUCCUUCAUUUUACAUUAUCUAACGUCCCGAGGGGAGAAAAUGAGCGAGCCGACGUGCUAGCUAAACUGGCAUCAAAGCCAGCCCCCAAAGUCGGGUCCGAGGUCGAGGAGCUGCCUGCCCGUGCCAUCGAAAUCGCAGCGGCAACCUCGGGUGGCGCGCCUACCACCUGGGUACAAGAAUUGCUGCGCUUCAAAUGGGACGGGACUCUUCCGCCCGACAAAGAGAUGGCUCGGCGCUUGCGUCAUAUGCAUGCUUGGUAUACCGAGGUGGGUGGACGGCUCUACAAGCGGUCUUUCACAUACCCCCUCCUACGGUGCUUGGAGCCCUUCGAAGCUCAGACAGUUCUGGCUGAGGUCCAUGAAGGAAUCUACGGGGAGCAUAUCGGCGGGCGAACCCUAGCACACAAAAUACUUCGCCAAGGUUACUACUGGCCGACCAUGUGCCGGGACGCGAAGGCCCACGUGCAAUGGUGUAGUUCGUGCCAAGAACAGGCCCGCACACCUCGGCAGCCCGCGGUCCCGCUCACCCCCAUCGACUGCGCUUGGCCAUUCGCGCAAUGGGGUUUGGACCUCCUCGGCCCUUUCCCCCAGCCUCGGAACAUCGAAAAUACAUCAUCGUGGGUGUGGAUUAUUUCACAAAAUAACGAGCCUCAGUUCGCCGGUAAAAGGUUCCAGGAGUUCUGUGCCAACCAUGGCAUCAAGCUAAGGUUCAGCUCGGUGGCCUACCCUCAGACGAACGGGCUUGCGGAGCUAACCAAUCAAUCCAUUCUAGACGGGCUCAAAAGAAGAGUGUCCGCAGUCCGAUCGGCUUGGACGGACGAACUCCCUAGCGUCUUAUGGUCAUUACGUACCACACCCAAGACCGCGAUUGGAGAGUCCCCCUACAGCCUCGCUUUCAGAACCGAAGCUGUCCUACCACCCGAGGUAGCCAUUGCCACCCUUCGGACAAGAAACUAUGACGAGAAAGUCUCGAACGAGGGACUUCGAGCCAGCCUCGACGUGCUCGAGGAGCGACGCGCCAACGUGCACUUAAAUGCCCUCUCUUAUAAAAGGGCCGUCGCAAGGGUCUACAAUAGGAAGGUACGACCCUGA